CAGUGAUGGCGGCUCCCAGAUGAGCAUUCUACAUUUGUGUACAAAUGUCACGGUGACAGAUCAGAGGCGCCAGAGGUACUACUGGUACUACACCAUGCCCCACUGUGUACGAGAGCCUGGCCUGGUUCUUCUAACGUUGCGAAGAUGGCGGGCAAUUUGCGGUCGUCAUGCGUGCGUUGCAAGGCGAUUGUUCUGCACACGUCCAGAGGGCACACGAAACUUCACAUCAGGGGCGAGUGGCCAUGUGGGCCAAUCCGCAGCUGAGAGUGCAGUGGCAUGUAAGCUCAAUGGAGGCCAGUUAUCAGAAGCACAGACUCCUACUGCGCUCAGGAACAUGUUUUCAUGGCGAACUCACACUUGUGGUGAUCUUCGACCAGAGCAUGUUGGCCAGCAUGUGACGCUGUGUGGUUGGCUGGCCUUCAAGCGCAUGGAUCGAUUCUUGCUCCUCAGGGACGCCUAUGGUAUGACCCAGGUCUUGCUUCCGGAUGAAGGGGCUGAGUCAGCAAAAGCCCAGCUUGAGUGCUUGCCACUCGAGUCUGUGGUGCAGGUGACGGGCCGGGUGGUGUGCAGGCCCCCCAACCAGUGCAACCCGCACAUGAGCACAGGGCAGGUGGAGGUUGUGUGCCAGCAGCUGCAGCCAUUGAACAAGGCACGGUCUGAUCUUCCUUUCCUGCCCAGGGAAUACCAACAGAAGCGGGAACCACUGCGGAUGCGCUACCGGUAUCUCGACCUGCGCUCCACAGAAAUGCAGCAGCGGCUGCGCUUUCGCUCGGACCUCCUUCGGCACAUGCGUCAGUUCCUGGCACAGCAGUGUGGUUUUGUAGAAGUGGAGACACCGACGCUGUUCAAGAGAACUCCUGGUGGUGCCCAGGAGUACGUAGUGCCCACUCGAUUCCCUGGACAGUUCUACGCGCUCGUUCAAAGCCCACAGCAGUUCAAGCAGCUGUUGAUGGUGGGCAGCCUGGACCGGUACUUCCAGGUGGCUCGCUGUUACCGUGAUGAGGGAGCACGCCCUGACCGACAGCCCGAGUUUACGCAGCUGGACUUGGAGAUGUCAUUUGCCACUGCAGAAGACAUCAUGCACCUCACGGAAGCCCUGCUUGUAGCCUCCUGGCUUCAGCUGCCUGUGGCGGCAAAGCAUAACCAAGAACCGGAUCGAGAUGGCACAUACUGCCUGCAGAAACCGUUUCCAACCAUGACAUACACCAAGGCUAUGCAAUGGUAUGGCACUGAAAAGCCUGACCUGCGGCUGACUGACAUGCUGCUGCACGAUGUGACCGGCAUGCUGUGUGCUGAGACAUCGCCUAACCUUCCUGGAGCCUUGGCAAGUGUCACAUCUAUGCAGGGCUGCUCGGUGCAGGCGAUUGUAGUGCCUCAGGGAGCAGGUGUGUUGCGGAGACGCCACCUGGAGGCAUUCAAGACACUGGCCAAGCAGCAGCUGCAAUUUCAGGGAAUCAUUGUGGAGGUGCCUGUGCCUGGGGCUGACUCCAAGAAUAAGAAGAGGCAGUUGCUUUCGUCUGAGACAGUGGGGCGCAUUGCGGGCCUGCUGGGGGCCCACCCAGGGGACUCCCUUCUCCUCUGUGCUGGUGGCACAGACUCUGCACGACAAGUGCUGGGACGCCUGCGACUGGAGGUGCACGAGGUGUUGUGCGAGAGUGGUCUGGCUCAGCGACUAUGUCCCGAUGACUUCCGUUUCCUCUGGGUCACCGACUUCCCGCUUUUCUGCCUCGACACAGAUGGGUCCGUGAAGUCCAAUCACCACCCAUUCACCGCACCUCACCCCGAUGAUGCCCACAUGCUGCACACAGAACCACUAAAGGUCAGGGGUCAGCACUAUGACCUUGUCCUCAAUGGCUGGGAGGUUGGAGGGGGCUCCAUUCGCAUCCAUCAUGCCCUAACCCAGAGAUACGUGCUCAGAGACAUCUUGCAGGAAGAUGACCGGGAGUUGAGCCAUCUCUUGGAAGCUCUUGAGUCGGGAGCACCCCCACAUGGUGGCAUUGCCCUUGGUUUAGACAGACUGGUGUGUAUAGCCUGUGGAGCGCCCAGCAUACGGGACGUAAUUGCCUUUCCAAAGUCAGCAGAAGGUCGUGAUCUGAUGGGUGGUUCACCAACACCCAUCAGUCCACACGAGAGGCAGCUCUACCACUUGGGCCCUGCACCAGCAUGACCCUGCAAUGACUAUCCCUGGUUCCUUGGCAGCUCUCCUCUUGUCCGUGUACCGCUUGCUGCUCUGCUGUGGACGCCGGACCCUACGACGUAGUCGCGCCAAUUCCUUAGCCGGUUCUUCAGCAAAGGCUGGUGCUGAGAAGCCAACGACAUCCAGCCUGGUUCGGGGCAAUCUACCAUGCAGCAGAACUGCAGGGGCAACCCCAGUGGUUGCCUGUGGAGUAACCCUGCAAAUAGCAAGGUAGUCCGUGACUGCUUGUCGGAGGGGUCGUCCUUCGAGGAGUGAAACUUGAAUAAAGUUUUAUAUGCGAAGCAUCUUAUAGC